AUUUUUCCUUCUCUUAUUUUCUCACAGUCACCCUUUCUUCUCUCACAAAAAUUAUCAAUCUGAAAAUCGUCUUCCGAAAUAAACUCUCUCUAUCUCUCUCUAUCUCUCUACUUCUAUAAAUACCGCAUUUGAAUCUUUCGCUAAUGCGCUUUUUUAUAUGUUCCAAUCUUAAACAGUUACCAGGUCAAAACCAUUUGUUUAUGUUACGUGGAAUUCUUCACCUGUAUACGAAUCUUGCUUUGCUAUAGUUCUUGAAUUCAGAUGAGGACAGCUUCCAUGUGCUUUUCCAUCUUGCAAGUUCCUAGAUGCAGAAUCCCCACCUUAGCUAAUGUGCGGAGGGAAAGCUUUCACAGCUUGAGUAGGAAUGAUGGUAACAGUACUAGCUUUAAGCUGAUUGGUCCCAAAAUCUAUGGGCUUGAGAGAGCUCACGAUAAAAAAUGGUCACAAAGACCUGUAUCUACAAAUUCAGGAAAAAACAAAACUGUCCAGCAUAGCAAACUAAGCAACAUUGGAAAUGAAAUUUUAGAUGGAACGGUUCCAAAAAUUGGUACCUUCAAUGUAAAUAAAAAAGAGACGAGUCAAUUCCAAAAAAUUCAAUACUCUGACAUUCAACAAAAGAUUGCUGAAAAUAAAGACCUGGCUGGCCUUGUGACAGUACUUGUCUUCGAUCUUGAGACUACUGGUUUUGGCAGAGAUGAACGGAUCAUUGAGAUUGCACUUCAAGAUCUUCAGGGAGGUGAAAACAGCACUUUCCAGACACUUGUAAACCCUCAACGCAAUGUGCCAAAUUCACAUAUACAUGGCAUUACAACCCGUAAGGUCAACAGACCUGAUGUUCCUAGGAUGGAGGACUUGAUACCAAUCUUACUGCAGUAUGUCAGAAGCCGACAACAACCUGGGGGUUAUGUAUUGUGGGUUGCUCACAAUGCUCGCAGUUUUGAUGUACCCUUUUUGUAUAAAGAAUUUAGUCGCUGUUCCACAGAAGUUCCUCAGAAUUGGCGAUUUGUGGAUACGCUUCCUUUGGGACGUGAGGUGAUGAAGUCCAAAGGCUCAAAAGCUUCUAGAGUUUCAUUGCAAGCCCUUCGAGAGUCGUAUAAAAUCCCGUUGGUUGGUUCAGCUCAUAGAGCCAUGUCAGACGUGAAGGUGUUGUCUUUGGUCCUUCAGAGGCUGACUUUUGACCUAAAAAUGGAUCUCUCUGGUCUCCUUGAAAGAUCUUUCAGAUGUGACCAACCCUAAGAACAACAAUUUAAGCUAGUUUUUAGCAAUGUUACUGGUUCUUUACUAACUAUUUAAUUUACCAAUAACUGAUUGGCCCAAUAUUACUGGGUCUGGCAUGGCAUGCAAGGGACUUCCACUUGAGGGGGCGGGAGUUUGAAAUUCUUUGGCAUGUAUCAGUGAUUAACCCUGGGGUGACUCUAGGGGUGGCAUGCAAGCAAUGGUUGGGGUGUCGGAUUCUGUAACUUCAAAAAGAAGGAAACCAUUUGUUGUAAUUUCAACUCAAUUCAUUACUAUAUGUUCUUUUCA